AUGGACCAGCAGUUGGAGAAUACCCUCGAUCAACUGUACAAUACUGACAAGGAGAUACUACUCUUCGGAGACAUAAACAUAAACGCAUUGAAUGACGACCACGUUAAUCACCGUCUUCGAAGAUAUAACUCCAGCCUUGGACUGAACCAGCUUAUUAAGGAAAUAGCUCGCCCAACCAACAGAACCUGCUUGGAUCAUGUGUACACCGAUCGACCUCAACAUAUCCUAAUGACCAAGGUGCUCAAUAUUGGUAUGUCAGAUCAUCUGCCAGUAGGCAUUGUGAGGAAAUAUCGGAAGAGGUCAAUUCAAAACAUCGAAAAGACCAUCAAGUACCGUAAAUGGAAGAACUUCAGUGAGCAGGCUUUCCAGGACGACCUAGAAAAAGCGCUAUGGAAUGUAUUAGACAUGCAUGAUGAUCCGGAUGACGCAAUUUAG